AUGCUUCCGGUGCUAGAGAUUGAUGGCAAGGCGAUAGCGCAGAGCAACGCGGUGGCCCGAUACUUGGCCAAGCAAUUCGGCCUGGCCGGAAAAGACGAAUGGGAGGCGUUGCAAUGUGACGUGCUCGUCGACACUCUAGGAGAUCUCAAGCAAGUCGAAAAACACAUGCCUCUCAGGUUGGAUGAUGAAGCUGGCGAGGAUUUAGCCAACUCUAAGGAUCACACACCGGCAAAGAAAGUUCGAUUUGAUGAAGAUAGUGCCACUCCUGGCUGCUCUUGGAUGUCAACUGAUAACAGGGCCUCUUCAUUUCAUGUUUCACCAAAAAUUCUAAUGCCUAUUCCAAAAGUAAAAGAAACCGUGAAAAGGGCUAAUCGAAAGAGGGGAAAGACUGCAGUUUUAACAGACUCACCAUACAAAAAAGAGUUGGAAACCGCUAUUAAUGAAAAAGCGAAAAAGAACUUAGCUAAGGAAGAAAGAGCAAGGGCAAAACUGGAAAAGAGUAAAAAUAAGAAAAAUAAGACUGAAAAAAAUAAAGGAAAGUGCCUGAAGACGAAUGGAAAAAAGAAGGACCUGAAGAGAGAAUGCAAACUUAACAAAAGCGAUUCUGAGGAUUUAUCUGACUGUGAAUGUUUGUAUUGUGGUGAAUUUUAUUCAAAGUCAAUUGAUGGUUGGGCCGCCUGUUCUGUGUGCAAUAAAUGGGCACACAAUUUCUGUGCGGGAAUUGAUAGCGGGGAUGAUGAGGCUGUUCUUGUGUGUGAAUUUUGUGAAUCGGAUUGA